AUGGGAAAUUGCAACGCUUGUAUAAGACCUUCAGAAAGCGAGGCUCCAACUCCCCAGCCGAAACCCGGAAAGAAACCCGGGGAACGCUACCAGAACCCGUAUGCCCAGUCCCCGGCACCGAUCCGGGUUCUCAAAGACUUCUUCCCGCGGACCAGAAUCUCGGACAAGUAUAUACUCGGGCGUGAGCUCGGCCGUGGGGAGUUUGGCGUCACCUACCUCUGCACCGACCGGGAAACGCGUGAAGCUCUUGCGUGCAAGUCAAUCUCGAAGAAGAAGCUCCGGACGGCGGUGGAUAUCGAGGACGUCCGCCGUGAGGUGGCGAUUAUGUCGAGCCUGCCGGAGCAUCCGAAUAUCGUGAAGCUACGGGCUACCUAUGAGGAUAACGAAGCGGUCCAUUUGGUGAUGGAGCUGUGCGAGGGCGGGGAAUUGUUUGACAGAAUAGUGGCGCGUGGGCAUUACAGCGAGAGAGCGGCGGCUGGGGUGGCGAAGACGAUUGCGGAAGUGGUUAGGAUGUGUCAUCAGCAUGGGGUUAUGCAUCGAGAUUUGAAGCCCGAAAAUUUCUUGUUUGCGAAUAAGAAGGAGAAUUCCGCACUCAAGGCUAUUGAUUUUGGAUUGUCAGUAUUUUUCAAGCCUGGUGAAAGGUUCUCUGAGAUUGUGGGAAGUCCAUACUACAUGGCGCCAGAAGUUCUGAAGAGAAAUUAUGGGCCUGAAGUUGAUAUUUGGAGUGCUGGGGUGAUUCUUUAUAUCUUGUUGUGUGGUGUUCCUCCCUUCUGGGCUGAAACUGAGCAAGGUGUUGCACUAGCAAUUUUAAGAGGAGUGAUUGAUUUUAAGAGGGAACCAUGGCCUCAAGUUUCUGAAAGUGCAAAAAGCCUUGUUAGGCAGAUGUUGGAGCCAGAUCCCAAAAAGCGAUUGACAGCCCAGCAAGUUCUUGACCACCCGUGGAUACAAAAUGCAAAGAAGGCGCCAAAUGUUCCACUGGGAGAUAUUGUGAGGGCAAGACUGAAGCAGUUCUCUGUCAUGAAUAGGUUCAAGAAGAGAGCAUUGCGGGUGAUAGCGGAACAUUUAUCUGUUGAAGAAGUAGAAGUAAUCAGAGACAUGUUUGCCUUGAUGGAUACCGACAAUGAUGGGAAGGUAACAUAUGAGGAACUAAAAGCUGGUCUGCGAAAAGUGGGUUCCCAGCUUGCCGAGCCUGAGAUAAAGUUGCUGAUGGAUGUGGCUGAUGUAGAUGGAAAUGGAGUAUUGGACUAUGGCGAGUUUGUUGCAGUUACAAUCCACUUACAGAGGAUGGAGAAUGAUGAGCAUUUCCGCAGAGCAUUUAUGUUCUUUGACAAAGAUGGAAGUGGGUACAUUGAACUCGAUGAACUACGAGAAGCUUUAGCCGAUGAAUCAGGUGAAACGGAUCUUGACGUGCUUAACGACAUAAUGCGGGAGGUUGAUACAGAUAAGGAUGGUCAAAUUAGCUACGACGAGUUUGUUGCAAUGAUGAAAACGGGAACCGACUGGAGAAAGGCAUCCCGACAGUACUCAAGAGAGAGGUUCAAGAGCUUGAGCCUUAAUCUAAUGAAAGACGGCUCUCUGCAGCUCCAGGAUGGCUUCACUGGUCAGACUGUGAUCGUCUAACGUCUUCGUUACUACAAUUCUAUCUAUAUCACCGCCUUUUUUUCGUCCCUUUCUGGACACACAAAACCUGGUAUUAAUUUUCUUGAAAUGUGAAGCUUCUGAAGUGAAGGAGCUUCGACAAAGAUCAUCGGGUUAUGCAACAUUCUUGGUUUAACAGUCGAGUUACCGGCCUUGGACCGACGAGGAACGGGAUUCCAGAUUACAGUUUUAUGAAGGAUUUUUUGUUCAUAGGAUGUGCAGGCAUAUGCAAUAGGUAUAGGUGGUGUUUCAUGGUUUGUGUGGCUUGUAUAUUUUUGCAACUCCUCUCUUCCAUUUCCUGUUUCUGUAUAUGUGCCUUCUUAACCGCAGCACAGACACCAUAAUUGAAAUCGUGUUCCAUCUCUGCAACAAUUUAUUUGUUCAAAGAUUGCGUUACAGAAAAUU